GCUGCUACACAACCAAUGAAGAAGCUGCGCUGAAUUUAGAAACAGCUGAUGAUGGAAGCAGGUGGUCUGCUGGGUUUGGGAGCUGGAGCCCGGACCGAGCAGCAGUAGUGAACCGGUGAACUCGGAAUAAACUUUACCCGCCAUGUCUUUAACCAACACCGUCGCCGUCCUGUUACUGUCCUGGGGUUUCUGUACAGUUACCGAUGCAGAGGAAUGUGAAGUGUGUGUGGGGUUUUUGGAGCGCCUCUACAAGUCUCUGGUGGCCACUCAUAGGGAGCUGUCCUCAGCAUUCGUGGAGGAAGAGCUUAUGAAAGCAUGUGCUGAAGCAACAGGGAAGGAGAACCGGCUUUGUUAUUACCUUGGAGCCUCAAGUGAUGCAGCUGCCAAAGUGACAGGAGAGGUGAGUCGCCCCCUCAGUGCCCAUGUCCCGGUGCAGAAGAUCUGCCAGCGCCUGCAGCACAGAGACCAGCAGAUCUGUGAGCUACGAUACGAGCAACAGGUGCUGGACUGGAGCCGUGAGGCACUGUCAAAGAUGCGGGUCCUGGAGCUUAAGAGGGUGCUGGCUUCGUGGGGAGAGGAAUGCCGGGCAUGCCUGGAAAAGAGCGACCUUAUAGAUCUCAUCCAGGAGGUGGCCCCCAAACACAACACAGCACAGCCUAGGACGCAUUUGGAUGAGCUAUGAGAGCCCCCUCGUGCAGCUCCGUGCUGGAGACAUAUAUAAGUGCUGAGAUGAAAGGGGGACACUUUAGUCGGCUGCUGUUACAUGUUCUUAAGGUGUUUAGCUGAUUUUUGAUAUACUGUGAUCUGAAGAUGCUAUUAUUGGUGUACGAAAUUAGUGGUUUUAUUAUUGAUCUCAAGAACAUAGGCAGGAUCCUUUUUUUUUGGAAGCUUUAAAUGGUUCUGUGACCCACAUUUUCAUUUGGAAUAAACGGAGAAGACCUCCUGUACAUUUA